CCAGUUAGUAAUACGGUCUUUUUUUGGUCAAUGGCUCCCUAACUAACGGGCUACAAGUGGUGCAAUGGAUGCUGGGAACUUGUUGAAGCCAAUGCUUGGAAGAGGUGAACUUAGAUGUAUAGGAGCAAGUACAUUGAAUGAGUAUAGAAAAUAUAUUGAAAAAGAUCCUGCUCUUGAGCGAAGAUUUCAGCAAGUGUUUUGCAGUCAACCAUCUGUUGAAGAUACAAUUCUUCGUGGGUUGCGUGAACGCUAUGAAUUGCAUCAUCGAGUUAAAAUAUCAGAUAGUGCAUUUGUUUCAGCUGCAGUUCUUGCGGAUCGAUACAUUACAGAGCGUUUUUUAGCUGACAAAGCCAUUGAUCUUGUGGAUGAAGCUGCUGCGAAGCUGAAGAUGGAGAUAACCUCUAAGCCUACUGAAUUGGAUGAGAUAGACAGGGCAAUAUUGAAAUUGGAGAUGGAAAAGCUCUCUUUGAAAAAUGACACUGACAAGGCAUCUAAAGAAAGAUUAAGUAAGCUUGAAAAUGAUUUGAGUUUACUUAAACAGAAGCAAAAAGAAUUGGCAGAACAAUGGGACAAUGAAAAAGUUUUUAUGACACGAAUAAGGUCAAUCAAAGAAGAGAUUGAUAGAGUCAACCUAGAGAUGGAAGCUGCUGAACGUGAUUAUGACCUGAACCGAGCUGCUGAGCUCAAGUAUGGAACUUUGAUGUCCCUUCAGCGACAAUUAGAAGAAGCUGAAAAGAACCUAACUGACUUCCGAAAUUCUGGAAAAUCUUUGCUUCGAGAAGAGGUCACUGACCUUGAUAUUACUGAGAUUGUUAGCAAAUGGACUGGUAUACCAUUAUCAAACCUCCAACAAACAGAAAGAGAAAAAUUAGUCUUGCUGGAACAGGUUCUUGACAAGAGAGUGGUUGGUCAGGAUAUGGCAGUAAAAUCUGUGGCUGAUGCAAUUCGCCGUUCAAGGGCUGGAUUGUCUGAUCCAAACCGACCAAGAGAGUGGUUGGUUAGCAAAUGUACGUUUUCUUACCUUCUAUAGAUGGAACGAGUGAAGAACAGGCUUAAGCAAAAAGAAAAUUGAUCUUCAUUACACAGAAGAAGCUGUUAAAUAUCUUGGUGUACUGGGUUUUGAUCCAAAUUUUGGUGCAAGACCAGUUAAAAGAGUGAUACAACAGUUAGUUGCAAAUGAAAUUGCUAUUGGAGUUCUAAGGGGAGAUUUCAAAGAAGAGGACUCAAUCAUUGUGGAUGCUGAUGUGACUCCAUCAGCCAAAGAACGUUCUCUGAAUAGACUGCUUAUUAAGAAGUUGGACAGCCCUGUUGCGGAUGCCAUGCCCAUGGUUGUCAAUCACUAAUUUUACCCGCCGCAAUAGAUAAAAGGUAGUUUUUAUUUUUAUGUGUAAUCAUUGUCAUAAGAAUAUUCUGUUUCAGAAGAUUUGUUGAUUAUUGUUUCACUCUAGAUUGCACAGGUCACUAAAUAUCGUGAAUUUUUUUUUUAUAAAAAAAAAUCUAAUCAUAUUUAACUGCAAUUAUACUUUUGGUCUA